AUGGCGACUCCUGAGAGCCCUGUCCUUGGCUAUCGAUGGCGCUCGUCCCGGUCGUUGAUAAUAGGGACAGCGUGUUUGGCUUUGCUGACCGAGGUGUUACUCUAUGGCUUUGUGGUCCCGAUCUUGCCUUAUAUGCUCGAAGUUCGUUUGGGACAAGACCCUGCCCAGACGCAGCAAUUAACUGCUUGGUUGCUUGGAAUUCACGGCUUCGCGACAGUACUAUGUGCUCCGAUUCUUGCACACUUCAUCGAUAAAACAUCCAACCGAAGAUCUCCACUCCUGGUUUCUCUCACGGUCGCCUUUGCUGGAACUAUUCUUGUUGCUGCUACACCGAGUUACUGGGCUCUUACCCUAGGCCGAGUUAUCCAAGGUGUCGCGGGAGCGGCAGCAUGGAUCGUGUGUCUAGCCAUUUUGACCGAAAAUGCCGGCGAGGGAAAUGUCGGGAAGAUGAUGGGAGUAAGCAUGUCCGUCGUCAUGACUGGCACCGUUGGAGGGCCAGUGCUUUCAGGGACCUUACUAGAGUUGGCUGGGUACUGGCCUGCUUGGUACCUGCCGAUAGGGGUUCUGGCCUUCAAUAUUUUGUUUUGGUUGAUUUUGAUUGAACCCUCAGAGCAGUCUGCCGAUUCGUCCGAGGAAUCGAGACUGUCUGCCAAUGCUGAUACUACCAUUGCAGAAGAGAUCAAUAACUCCGAGGUCUCUCCACUUCUUUCGCCGAUUGUGCAGACUGACUCGAAGGACGGUGAUAUCCAGCCGACACUCCCGCCAGCCAAUUUCUACUAUACAAUGGCCUCAGAUCCUCGCGUUUUAGUCAGUUUCGCAAACGUCUUCAUCAGCUCUGUGCUCAUCGCUGGGUUGAACACCACCUUGCCGGUCCACCUUCGCCAGAUCUUUGGAUGGGGGCCCUUAGAUGUGGGGACAAUGUUUCUAUUACUUCGUAUUCCCGCUAUUGUCCUCGGUCCUUUGUCGGGCUGGCUCCGAGACGUUGUCGGUCUGCGUUACCCUACUACGAUCGGCUGGGUUCUCCUAGGCCCUUUGUUUAUGAUCAUGGGUGUUCCUGGCAAUGGCCUGUCUUGGGCUAGUGGGGAAGACAAGGGUAAACCUAUUUUUGUUUUCACGGUGAUUGGAAUUGGAAUGAUGCUGCCCUUGAUCCAGGGCUCGGGGAUGUUGCAUGCGCUGAUGGUCUUGGAUGAGUUUCAGGCAAAGCGACCUGGUAUAUUUGGUGCUCAUGGUGGACGUUCGAGGGUUUUUGCAAUGACUGAGAUUUCAUUCAACCUUGGGCUGAUGCUAGGGCCGCUAUUGGCAGGAUUCAUAACAGAGAAUGUUGAUUUCGGUGCUAUGAGUAUAACUUUAGGUACACUUUGCUUGAUUAUUGGCUUGUUGACCUAUUACUUCUUCAUGUCGGGACGUCAACCGACAGAGGAUGAUAUUGCGGCGUGA